AUGGAAGAUGAAGAAGAAGAGAUAUGUGCGAGUUGGAUGGAAGACGAAGAAGAAGAGAUAUGUGUGAAUUGGAUGGAGGACGAGGAAGAAGAUAUAUGUGCUCAUGUGCCAUUAAGCUCCGAUGUGACUAGGAGAUCGUCACCUGGGCCUGUGGGCUCCGUCGCCACAGUUCUCCGGUAUGGAUCCGAGACCAUUGGUCUAGAUGACGCGGAAGAAGAUGGCCUUGAAGCCGACAAAAGCGGCUCCCACACCAGCGCAGACGACGCCGCGGACGUAGAAGCAGCAUCCACCGCCACUGCUACCGGAACCCGCAACACCGAGCACGCCGCCGACCACCCCCUCGCGGAACUCAGAGAGCUUGUAGCCCAGCUACACGACUCCGUCCGCACGGAGAUAGACACCGGAGCAGCACUACAAGCGCGGAUAACGCAGGUGGAAGACGCAGAAUACAUGAUGAGAUUACUAAUGCACAACAGCAGCCAAGUUCUCGAAGAGCGGAACGAUUUCGCGAAUGAUGCGAUACGGAUGAAGUCGGAGACGGAGAAGCUGAUGCGGCAGUUUAGGGAGUUGAGGGAUGAGAAGAGGAAGCUGGGGGAGCAGGUAGAGUUUGGAAAGCGGAUUGAGGAGCUGGAAAUGGAGGAUAGGCGGUUGAAAGACAGGUUUAGAGAGAUAGCAGGGGAGGGUGAGGUGUUGAGGAGGCGUGGGAGAGGGGAGCAUGAGUUGGGGAGAGAGAGUUUGAAUCGGGGUGAAGAAGGUAAGAUGAGGAGUUUGGGGAAGAGUGGUGGAAAGGGAGAACAGGCAGUGGUGGGAGCUCGGUGGAGGAAAGCUGGCGGAUAUGUUAGGCAUGCAACGAGCUGGCUUUUUAGUUCUGGUAGCGUGAGUAGGAGGUAG